UCUGCGUCCUCAGUCACUUCGUGCCAUUUCAUCAAGUAGGAGCCAAAGGAAAGCUUGGAAAAUGAAAACCUUAGCAAGAUUUGUUCUGGGACUUGUCAUCUUUGAGGCUGCUGUGUCUGCUCCUACUCUGGAGCCCAUCAACUAUGACUCAGAAACCUAUGAUGCCACCUCGGAAGACCUGGAUAAUUUAUACAACUAUGAAAGCAUACCCAUUGACCAAGCUGAGAUUGAAAUAGCCACGGUGAUGCCUUCGGGGAGCAAAGAGCUCCUCACCCCGCCGCCACUGCCCGAGGAGGCCGAGGAGGAGGAGUCCACCCCCAGGCUGAUUGACGGCUCUUCCCCGCAGGAGCCGGAAUUCACUGGCAUUCUGAGCUCGCACACCAGCGAAGACUUUCCUACCUGCCUUCUUUGUACUUGUAUAAGUACCACCGUAUACUGUGAUGACCGUGAACUUGAUGCGAUUCCUCCACUGCCCAAGAACACUGCUUAUUUCUAUUCUCGCUUUAACAGAAUUAAAAAGAUCAACAAAAACGACUUUGCAAGCUUAAAUGAAUUAAAAAGGAUUGAUCUGACAUCAAAUUUAGUAUCAGAGAUUGAUGAAGAUGCAUUCAGAAAGUUGCCUCAACUUCGAGAGCUUGUCUUGCGUGACAACAAAAUAAGGCAGCUCCCAGAAUUGCCAAGCACUUUGACAUUUAUUGAUAUUAGCAACAAUAGACUUGGAAGAAAAGGGAUAAAGCAAGAAGCCUUUAAAGAUAUGUAUGACCUGCAUCAUCUGUACCUCACUGAUAACAACUUGGACCAUAUUCCUCUACCACUCCCAGAAAACCUACGGGCCCUUCACCUCCAGAAUAACAACAUUCUUGAGAUGCGUGAAGAUACCUUCUGCAACAUUAAAAAUUUGACUUACAUUCGUAAGGCACUAGAGGACAUUCGAUUGGAUGGAAAUCCUAUCAAUCUCAGCAAAACUCCUCAAGCAUACAUGUGUCUACCUCGUUUGCCUAUUGGGAGUCUUGUGUAAUUUUAGAUAAUGGUUAGCAUUAUGACGCCUAUUAUAACAAAACAAUUCUUACUACUCUUUUGAAAAACAAAACCCUGCAUGUUACUUUCAAAGUUCUGCAAAAUGAUAUGACUGCAUAAAAUACAAAUGGAAGUAUUUACAUAUAAUGAUAAUUUAGUAAUCUAAUAAAAUGCUAGACAAGAAUA